UAUGGCUUGAUUGGUAGCCCAUACAAUCUCACACACAUACACGUAAAAGCCCAAAAAGGGGAGUUAUCUCAUUUUCUCCACCGCUUGGCAGAGGUUGAAAUAAUCAGACGACCCGGCACAAAAUUCUCGGAUCUCGCAGGGAUUGACAAUAGAUUCGGCGAUUCCUGCAAUUCACUAUCCCAGAAUUUUUGUGAAUCAGCACCAAGCACUCCUCCGACAACUACAGGUCUCGUGGGGCUGUCGCUUUCCUAUGCUUUCGCGCUUACUGGAAUGCAGGUGUUUCUGUCGAGAUGGUAUAGUAGUUUGGCUAACUACAUCGUCUCCGUUGAGAGGAUCAAACAGUACAUGAACAUACCGCCCGAGCCUCUAGCUGUCAUACCAGAUAACAGACCACCAGCUUCAUGGCCUCAAAAGGGUAGAAUCGAGCUGCUCGAAUUGAAGAUAAUGCUCCAGUAGUCCUCAAGGGGAUCACCUGCACUUUCGAAGAAGGGAAACAGGUGGGGGUCGUGGGAAGGAUCGGGAGUGGGAAAAUCACGCUGAUCAGCGCAUUGUUUCGUCUCAUUGAGCCUCAUGGCUGGCGGAUACUCGUGGAUGGGCUCGAUAUUUGCUCUAUAGGCCUUCGAGAUCUAAGGCUGAAACUCAGCAUUAUCCCUCAAGAGCCAACUCUGUUUAGAGGAACUGUUAGAGCAAAUCUUGAUCCAUUAGGCCUUUACUCUGAUGAUAAGAUUUGGAAGGUGAAUUCUAUCAUUAAUAAUUUAAUAUCAAUGCAUGCACUUUUAUUUAUUUAUGGUUAAUCUGAUUGAUUACUGAUUGAUGGGCCCUUGAAAAAUGCCAACUUAAGUCAACAAUCAGUGAACUACCAAACUUACUAGAAUCUUCUGGUAAGACUAAUGUGGCAAAAAAUGAAUGAAUGAAAUGAUUGGUAGUGAUUGAGAUUGGUUUGAUUUGAUUCAGUGAGUGAUGAAGGGGAGAACUGGAGCAUGGGGCAGAGGCAACUCUUUUGCCUAGGAAGGGUCCUUUUGAAGAGGAACAAGAUCUUGGUUCUCGACGAGGCGACCGCCUCAAUUGACUCGAACACGGAUGCCAUUUUGCAGAGGAUCAUCAGGGAGGAGUUCUCCGACUGCACAGUGAUAACUGUGGUGCAUCGCGUUCCAAUUGUGAUUGACAGCGACAUGGUGCUGGUCUUGUCUUAUGGGAAGUUGGAGUAUGAUGAACCUUGAAGGCUUAUGGAGAUUAAUUCUUCAUUUUCGAAGCUUGUGGCUGAGUAUUAAGUGUUAAGAAGAAUCAUUAGGAGGAGUACAUGAUAACUCAAUUCGGUUCGGUUUCAAUUUUAAAAAGAUUUGUUUUUAUUAAUUUUGGAACGCUCAUCCCUAGUAAUUUGGUCCUUGCUGAAUAAGGGUAUAAAUUGUGAUACUUUAUUUAUAUUUUAAAAUUGAAUUAAUAAUCGAA